AUGUCAUUCCCUGGUAGAUUCAAGAAGCAACUUUUAGAGAAGUACAAGGCUCUGUUUGAGAAGCAAAUGAGUGAAGCUCAGGUUGCAAUGCCCAUCAUCGAUGCUUUCAUGUUGAUUCCUCAAUACAACAAGUUCCUGAAAGAUGUUGUAGCUGCAAAGAAGAAGGAGAUGGAAGGCAUGAUGAUUCUUACCCAUGAGUGCAGUGCCAUCAUCCAGAGGCAUGAUGUUCCAGAGAAUGUCAGCGUGAUGCCUUUGUCUGUUGCAAAGAAGCUUGGAUUCACUCAGUACAAGAAGUGUAGACUCUCUCUGGUGGUAGUUGAUCAUUCAGUGAAGUACCCUGUGGGCAUCUUAGAGGACCUCCCUGUGAAGAUUGAAAGGUAUGAGAUACCUACAGAUUUUGUGGUGCUUGAGAUGGGUGAGGAGCCUCAAGACCCAUUGAUUCUAGGAAGACCAUUCUUAGCUACAGCAGGAGCUAUUGUUAAUGUGAAGGAAGACACGAUUGAUCUCCAUUUGGGUAAAGAGAACAUCCUCCACUUUGACAUCAAGGGGAAAAUGAGAAAACCAACUGUGUUCGGGCAAACCUUCUACAUUGAAGAGAUGAGCACUCCUGCUGAUGAGCACCUUGAAGAGUUACCACUUGAGGACAACGAGGAGGGAGCAUCUCCCUUUACUCAUUCCUCAUAG